GAAGAUGAAAGGAAACGAAGUUGAUAUGUCAACUAUCAAAAUGAUAGAGUAUGAGAAAAGCCUAAGAUUGGUCUUUCAGAAGCCGCAAUAUCCUAUAGAAAAGGUUUCCCAAGAAAACGAGCUCAAACCAUCUCUCCAACUUGAAACCUCUGAAAGCUAAUUGAGUGAAACAACGUUGUUAGGAUACUUACAUAUGCAGAAUAAGAAUAUUGGCAGGCAUAGCCAACUGAGUUUAAGAAAGAAAGCGCUGUACGCCAAUUGAUAAGAUACCUGAUCGUCAUUCCGCUGCGGCUUGCCGAUAAUGUAUAUCUUCGUAUUGGAUUGGCCAUUUCGAUUACACUAACGUCAUGUACUCCAUCAGACUAGCUUUGUUUACUACCUAGUAGCAACUGCUGUUAGGUCAAGAUAGCAAGCUAUCAGGUUACAUGGAUAGGGGUGCUUUCUCUAGUAUAAAUCUCCCAUAGCUCCUCUCCCCAGACCCGCAUAGCUUCAAGAAAUUUCACUAUCUAAAAUAUCCCUCAAAAUCCAUAGUUCUACGAAGCCAAUAUCAAACAAGCAAGUAAACACCAUGGCCAGCAUCGCUAUCCAUCCCACCCCCACCGCCGCCAUCCCCGCCGCGGCGGAGCACGUCAAGCCAGCAGAGGCAAAGGCCGAUGCCUACCCCAGCACAGCGGACGUCGUGCUGCUAGACAGCGCCAUCCAAGCGCCCUUCCCAGCAAUCCAGCAGCUCUUCGACCACCUACGCAGCACGCCCUCCGCCGCCUCCGCGCUGAACGCAAGCUACCCCAGCCGCGGCGUCUUCAAGACCGCCGCGAUGAACAACAGCGUUUCGGACCAAAAACUCACAAUCGACAUCUCCCCCACCCGUCUCUCGCGGAUCCCCGCGUCUCUGCAAGCUUCGCUCUCCACCCACGGCUUCAGCGAAAUCGUGCAGUUCUUCACCGAGCUCACAAGCAAGCACUUAGAGCCUAUGCUCGCCACCCUCGGCGCCGCCAUCGACGCGGACCUGAGCCCCCUGCACAAGAGCCAGAACCUGAACUUCCGCCUCUGCGACUACGCGCCCGAGACCGCGGCGCCGGCGAGUGAGAACGGGUGUGGCGCGCACCGCGACUACGGCACUUUCAGCAUCAUCUUCCAGGACGGGACCUCCGGACUCGAGAUCGAGGAUGCGGCUCAUCCGGGGUCCUGGGUCCCGGUACCUGCCGACAAGGUCGUCAUGCUGUGCGGCUGGUGCGCUUUUGUGCUUAGCGGGGGUGCCCUGCGAGCUGUCCGCCACCGCGUGCGUCGACAGCCCGGUGUUCGCCGUCUCAGCGCCGUGCUAUUCGUGGCUCCGGACGUGGACGUGGCGUUGAAGCCUAUUACGACUGGUAGCCAUGCGGCUCAGUUCUCGUCCGAGGUGCUGCAGGGCAAGGUCAGCGUCGGCUGGUUCAAGGAAUUCAUGGGUAAGCGAUGGCGCUGGCGUGAGGGCAACGCGCAGCUCGAGGACGGCCAGGAUGUCACCCAGGACGAAGACAUUGAACGGUUGAUCCUGGGUUAGGUUUAGAAUUAGGUAAUAUCGGGCAUCGAAGUAUGAAUGUGGAUGAGAUUCGAGUAACAUUACCUGGCCUAAGUAACGCUCCUUUUCAAUACACCUAAUAAAAAUGAAUUACCUGCAUGAAAGCAAGCCUCCCA